CUCGGCACUCUCGUCCGUCCCGGCCGGUGGACGGGGCCAUCGCGGGGUUCUGGGUGCGGUGCCAGGUCGGCAACCCCGCCUGCAGCUUCCUGCGGGACGCCGUCUCCUACCAGAGCCUGAGUCUCUGUGAGCUGCAGCCCUGCGACCCCGUCUCCACAGCCUGCAUGUUCCAGGACGGGCUGGCCCAGUGCCCCUGCCGGCCGGCAUACCGCCCCACCCCUGGCAUGAGCCGGGCCUGCACAGCCUGCGGCAGCGGGUUCUGGCUGCGGGAUGGCAUCUGUGCCAGGAGAGCCAGGGCCCCGGCGGAGAGCCGGUCGUGCCGCCUUCCAGCCCCAGCAGCUGAGCCUGCCCCGGGUGCGGCCCCUGGAGGAGGUGGAGAUCCCGGAGCUCGGCCCAGGGAGCCAGGCGCAUCCCUGCUGCGGGGACAGGCUGAGCCUGGGUGCUGGGCAGGCGCCAGCUGCCGGGAGCGGCAUGAAGACGUUCCGGGGCUCCCGGAGCUCACCCGGCUCGGCCCCCCAGCCAGGGGGUGGCCAGAGCAGCCUGGUGUUUGUCAGCAACGAGGAGUGGGGCCAGCGGAACUGGGCACUGCCCUGCACCUAGCCCCGUGCCCAGCCCGUGAGGAGACGGCGCCAUUCGAACAUGGACCCUCAGCCCUGCCCUGGGCAGGACGACCCUGAGCUGGGAGGGGCUGCCACGUGGGUAUGCUGAUUGGCUGGCAGGGUGUGAUGUAAUGUGGGGGUGUCCCACCCGCUGGCGGGGAUAUGCCCCAUAGCAGCUGCCCCACAAGGCAUGCCAGCCCCUUG